AUGGCGCUCCCCCCGCCGAUGGAGCGGUUUGCCAGCAGACGUGCGGGAUCAGAGGGUCGGCGGACCUGGGGCUCCUUGAUGUACGAAGAGCGCGAGGCCUUCGUCAGCGAACUGACCGACGUGUUCGUCUCUGGUGUCGAUGGCGUUCUCUUCGAUGCUCGCUGUCGUAUCUUCGCGAUCGGCCACGACGAGGAGACGCGGUAUUACGAGUCGCUGCCGCCCCCGCAGUUUGUCGCCACUGCGAGCCCGCUCGCCAGCGCGAUAAACCUGGUACAGGUUUGGGGUCUGGCCCCUUACCAUAUUAUCGCCGAGGCCAUGUCCAGGGUUUACCUGCUCCAGCGGGUCUGGCGUGCCGACCCCUCGAUACCUUUUCUCUACGGCGGCCCUGGUAAUUCAGACAGGCUGGUCAGGAUCAUGUUGGAGAGCUUGUUCGACGUGGCGCCGUCGAGACUGACGCCGAUGAACAGCUUAGGUGCCCUAGUGCGCGUGGGGAAGCUGCAUUUCGCAGAUUGGCGGCGGAUGAGUCCAGAGGGCGUGCCUGUCCGCGAUGAUGGAAGGCUAUACCACUACUUGCCCCCGCGCCGCGUGCUCCAGCAACUGCACUCGUACUACGCGCAGCGUUAUAAAGGCGUUGCAGGAGCGACAAACGACCAGCCCAGAAUAUUGCUCUGGCUGUCGCGUGGAGGCUCCGAGAAGCGGCAGGUUGCCCCCGAUCGGGAAUCGGGCUUGCUGAAGCGCAUGACAGAGAUCUGGUCCACGCAUCUUGGAUCCGAGACCAAUGUGAGAGUGCUGGGCAAGUUUCCGCCCUUCGCGGACGUCCACCGUCUGUUCUACACAGCAGCGGCCGUUGCUGGUGUACACGGAGCGGGCCUCGGCAAUGUGUUAUUCUGUCAAACAGGCACACACGUUGUCGAGGUCGCGUGUCAGCAGCCUCAUUGCCAUUACUUUGGGCACCUCUCCAUGGCGCUCGACUUCCAGUACUGGUUCGUCCCACUGACGCCGCGGCACGCGCACCUCCAACGCUUCGUGGAGCCCCCCGAGGAGGAGCUCCUGGGGGUGGUGCGGAACGUGGCCGAGGAGGUCGCCGCUGCCGCCGGCCGCGCGGGCCACGCCACCGCAGGCGAACUCUGA